UGAGCCAUGCCAAUGCCCCGAGGCAGUUGGGGGGGACUGUAUAAAGCUUCCCAAGAUUUGAGAGCUGAGCAAUCUGCUCCCUGAUUCUUCUUCACUCAUCCUACCUGCUGUUUUGGCUCAACCCAUUGGACAACAAUGUCAUCCCAGCAGCAGCAGCAGCAGGAGCAAUGUCCCUCCCAGCAGCCUCAGCAGCAGCAGGUGAAACAACCCUGCCAGCCACCCCCUGUCAAGUGCCAGGAUCCCUGUGCUCCCUCAACCAAAGACCCAUGCCCACCCAAGGGCACAGUGGUACCAGCCCAGAAGUGCCCACCAGCCCAGCAGAAAUGCCCACCAGCCCAGCAGAAGUGCCCACCAGCCCAGCAACCCAAGCAGAAGUAAAGGCUACUAGGACCCACGCUUAGCCAUGCCUUCUCUUUGUGGGAACCCUCUGGGCUUCCUCAUCCCCUGUUUCCUUUAGAGCCUCCCCUUCUGUACCACAUGGCCAGCAGAUGCAACAGGUUCCCCCACUUUAGCCUUGGCCCAGCCUAAGCCCUGGGUGGGUGGGGGGAGCAAAUCUGCUUACUCCAUGUUCUCCAAGACCAUGAGCCCUGACUUGGGAGAGGAGAGCUGACUCAGCUUUACUUUCACCAUCUUCUUCUUCCUGUGUCCUGGUCACAUUCACAUCCCAGGCUCAAUUCAGCAGCCAGAACAACCCAGCUGGGGCAGCAUGAUCAUUUGGUCUGUCACAAAUUCCAUUGCCCUGAUGGGGAGAUGGAAGGUCUAAUCUACAAGUGCUUUUAGACUCCCAGUGCUUAGUCCUCUGUCCCCAAUCCAACCUAUGGCGAUCCUCCCUUGGCUGACCUUCUCCUGCCAAUAAAGCUGAUGUUACAAGUUA